UCAUGGCAUUAGGAGAAAGUAAACACACCUUUCAGGUCGACUUGGUUUGAAUAAUUUUGCCACGAAGAUGACAAAAAAAAUCGAACAAACACUGAAUAGUGUCUUACUGCUCCUGGCCUUUUCGUUUUGUGCUGCUAGCAGUCGUUUGUCGACGACAGGAGCAUUUCAGACCAGAUGUCUUGAGCGUCACUUCUGGCUUUCUGUCAAGUCCAGCUUUUUUGGCCAGAUGAGCCACUUUUAUUUUGAAGACCAGCGUGGACUCCACUUCCUGUCGCUCCAGGAGGCGUCGCUCUGUGGUUACACGGUUCUGUUCAGUGAUGUUGGAGACCUGGAGUUUCGUGCCUCUUUUCUGGCCUGCCAUGUCACUAGUCAGACAGGCUCAGAUUAUCAUCUGGGUCUUUGGCUUGUACACGUUCAGGAGGGUGGAGAGGUGGUGGCGUACCCCUUCCAGCUGCACUGCUCACUGGAGGAGACCUGGAGCAGCAGGGAGAUUACCUGUGAGGAAAACUACAUGGAGGUGUCGAUUCAUCAGUCUCUUCUGCCACUAGUGUCCAAAAGCGAUGGGUUUGAUGAGACGGAGGUGACUGUCAAGUUUCACAGAGCCGGUCAGCUGUCGGGAGAAGCUUUGGAAGUAUCGCUCAAAGAGGCCACUGCUUUGGGUUACCAAGUCUCUACUGACAAGUCCCGACUUGUACUGCGCUGCACCUAUUCUUCCCCAAUGUCAUACCACGUUAAGGACAACAAAGUUGACUUGCAGAUGGUGAACGCCUCCAUCCUCUACAGAUUCCAAGACGACCUCUUGACAUUUGACGCAUCAAUCGCCUGUCCUCUCAAUGAGGCUUCAGCAGAGGACUCCUACCUGCUGUGGAUUGUCCCUUACGUUCCCUCUCCACUCGCUCACGGCCAGUUUGGGUACAGAGGCAUGAGGACAGGAGUGAACGGCCGGGCUCUGAGUGAAUUUGAACUGAAAGAGAGAGGAUUUAAGAUUGAUCUACAGGAAGGGCAAGUUGAAGUCAGGAUCCCUAAAGGAGCCCAGGGUGUCCAAGUGAAGAGCAGUGUUGUGAGGGGGCAGUACAGUCAGGCCAUGGCCGUGGAUCUGUUCUUCAUGAGUCAGUGGCAGGACCAACGGUGGCCUCUUACGCAGCAUCGCUCCUUCAGGCGACUCAAGACUCCUUUUCUUCCACAAACUCCAGUCCUGACCAACAAUGAAAUUUCAAAUAAGGAGCUGUUUUCAGCCACCUUGAGCCUCUUUGCGCCCAAUGUCCAACUUCAGAAGGUGACUGUGUAUGGGGGCGGUGACAUCUUAAUCUGGACUCAAACCCAAACUGAAACAGAUCUCGAGGUGUCAAAGUUCUCCUACCCCAAUGGCAGUAACUACUACCAACUCCUUUUGUCUUUGUCACAUCCAAAAAUAAUCCCACUGCAUAUAGGUGGUGGCUACAAGACGUACAGCUUCAGUUUCAUCUUUACUUUUCAUAUCAUGCCUGGUGGAGAUGUGUUUUAUCACCACGCCACAGUAAAACACAAUGCUGAUUACACAGCAGAUCCAGGUACCCCACGGCUGGAGGGUAAGUGCACAGAGAGCAGCCUCCUGAUCCUGCUGCACCACGGGGCCCCCUCUGAGUUGCAGUGGGAGCUCUUCCUCGGAGCCCACAAACUAGACUGGGACUUGGUGGAUAUGGGGGGUUACAAGGUGGAAGCAGCAGAGGACUAUUUGACUGUAAGGAUCCCCUUAACCGGCCCAGGAUUAUUUUAUGAGAAAUUCUCCUUGCAGGAACUUGUUGUUGGAGUCAAUGCUUCAGUAGUGGAUGCAGAGUCCUUCCAAGAACACCAUAGUCUAGUCCACAGAUGCAGAUUUCCAGCUCAGGAACUUCUAGUUUGUUUGCCAGAGGGAAAGAUGGUAGUCAUUGUGGACACCACGCACACCGUCCCGCCUGUCCAUCCUAACCGAACCACACUGCUGGAUCCUGACUGCGUUCCCGUGGAGACCGACAGCACCAGAGCACUUUUCAGCUUCGGCCUCAACUCCUGUGGCACGGCAGUCAUGAUUCAGGGAAGUCACCUGGUUUAUGAAAAUGAAAUCAGUUAUUCCCAAGACUUUCUGCCUCUUCAUGAUCCUCUGAUACACAGAGAUGUCCCUUUCAGGGUGCUGGUCCAGUGUCUUUACCCAGUGAAUGCUACAAGUACCUCUGUCCAACAUCGCAUUCUUGAUCCUGAUUCGGAAAAUUUCACCUUCAGGAGUCAAGAAAACACAUAGUGUUGUGUUGUGGAUUCUAAAGAUCUCUGCGAACGAUUGUUUGAACAAUAUAAAGAAAUGUGAUGCAUCUGGAUGUAAAUAAACGGUUUCUAUUCUGGGUUAAUAAAAA